AUGCCGCCCACCGCCCUGCUCCUCCUCCUCCUCGGGCUCGCCCGCUCCGCUGCCCUGCAGAUUGCGAUCACGGGCAGUAACAGCGGCAUCGGCGCCUCCGCGUCCAAGAUGCUCCUCGAGCGCGGCCACAGCGUCAUCCACGCCUGCCGGACGGCCGAAGCAGCCGCAGAGGCGGUGGCGCUGGCGGGCGGAGGAGCACCGAUGGUGUGCGACCUGGCGGACCUUCAGUCUGUCCGCCGCUUUGCGGCUUCGCUCAGCGCCGAGGCGCCGGCGCUGGACGUGCUCUGCCUCAACGCGGGCGUGUCGCCCUCGCGGAAGGCAGAGGUGCCGGCGAGGACGCGGGACGGGUUCGAGGAGACGGUGGGCGUGAACCACAUCGGCCACUUUCUGCUCGCAAGCCUGCUCGAGCCCGUGCUCACGCGCAGCGAAGGCACCGUCGUCGUCACCGCCUCGGGCGUGCAUGAUCCGGACGCGCCAGGAGGGACAGUGCAGGCGCGGGCCGCCCAGAGCCCAGCCUCCUCUGCCUGCCCUGAUCCGACGCCCGACCCUCCAGGGCGACCCGGCGACCGGAGCGACGCGUACCACGACUCGAAGCUGUGCAACGUGCUCUUCGCGGCCGAGGCGGCGAGGCGGUGGGGAGGCGGCGGGGUGGCGGUGCGGGCCUUCAACCCGGGCCUCAUCACGAGCACGGGCCUCUUCCGCGCCGCGCGGCGAGACAACUUCCUGAGCGCCGCGCUCUUCUCCUUCGUCGCGACCAGCGUGGCCCGCUUCUCGCAACCGGUCGAGGUGGGAGGGGCGCGGUAUGCGUACCUCGCCACCGCACCCGAGGAAGAGGUGCCGCCGGGCUCGUACCUCUCCGCGCCGGCGGCGACGAGUGCCGCCGCCACGGUGGCCGACGGCUUCGGGCCGGCGGCGGUGUCGCGGGAGGCGCAGGACAAAGAGCUGGCGGCGAGGUUGUGGGAGAGGAGCAGCGCAGUAGUCGGGCUGGGUGUGGGAGUGUGA